AUGCUGGAAACAAUUUCUCCACCCAAGGGGUCCAGUCGGUUGAAGAAGUUGACUUCUUCUUCUACUUGGACGUCACCUUUCCGCUCCAACGAAGGCAGAAAGAAUGUCAUCGCUGAAUUCAAGGACAACAAUUCCGUUUCAAAAUUGAGCGUGCCAAAAAAGUACACCACUCACCAGGUUUUGCAAGAAGAAGAGAGGAAGAAGCUAGCUGAGAAGGAAGCUGCGCAGAAAGAAAAGGAAGAGAAGGAGAGAAAGGAAAAGGAAAAGGAAAACAAGGAAAAGGAAGAAGCCGAGGCAGCAGAAAAUGGAGAGGAUGAAAACGAAGUUGAAGCAAAGGAACAUGAUGAUAAAGAAACAGCGGAAGCAGACACUGAAUCUGAAAAGCCUUUAGAUGACGCUGAGUCUGAGAAGCCAUUGGCCGAUGUUAAGAAGGAAGCACUUGCUGAUGCUGAGCCUGAGAAUGCUGAGGCUGGAAAGGUCGAAGGAAGUGACGCAGCUGUUGAGAAUGAGGUAAAAGAUGAAGAGAAACCAGCCGAAGGCACAUCGGAAGUCACAGAGACAAAGGAGAUUGAGCCUGAAGCACCAGCUGAAGCCAUUGUUGACGACUCAAAACCUCUUGACGCCGAGGACUCUGAACCUGCUGACGAUUCCAAACCUGCUGAACAGGAUUCCAAAGAGGUUGCCGACCAUGAGUCUGAGAAGCCAAUCGAGGAUUCUGAAAAAUUGGAAGGUGAUGACGAAAUUGAGAAACAGGUCAAAGAGAACCCCAUUGAGCUUGUUACACAGCCUGGAGCCAAAUACGAGCCGGUUGAGAAUCCCAACCAGGCAGUGUUGGACAGCUUGCAGGACAAGCCCAAUUUGUUGAACAGAUACCAAGCUUUGAAUGCCACAGCUAUUGGUUCUGUGUCCAAAAGCUUGGAUGAUCCUAACAAACGCAUUGAUUUGGGAGCAGGCAUGUUUUUGACCCAGCAACAAUUGUUGGAUAUUGCGGCCAAGCGCAUUGCUCCUGUGAUCCAGAACAUCAAUGAUGAGGUGGAAAAGAGCCGUCAGGAAGAUGCCAUCUUGGAAAAGAGAAACUUGGACUCAAAAGUCGCCCUGCACCAGGGAAAGCUUGAAAAAGCAUUUGGCAAACAUUUGACCAAGAUAGGUAAACUCAGGUCCAAAUUCGACAAGGAUAUUGAAAACCAACUUGCUGGUGUGGCCGCUGAAAGUGCUGCUGCCGUCACAGCAGCAGAGACUUUCAAGACUACUACGAAGCAAGAAAUUGAGACUGCCACUGCGGAAUAUGAAGAACGUGAGAGAAAGGCUGUUGAGCAACAUGCUAUUGACAAGGAAACAUUGAUCAAGAACCACGAUGAGUUAGAAGCGACAAAGAAACAGGAAUUGGAAGAUGCCAAGACGGGACAAGAAACAACUACGAAGGAAAUCGAGGAUUUGCAUGAAAAGAAGGCUGAUUUGGAUAACAAAAAUUCUGAGCUUUCGAAUGAAAUUGAAGAAUUGACCAAACAGUUAGAAGAGCGCACUCAAGUUUUGAAUUCAUUGAAGGAGAAACAUGCUACCGAACUGGAACUGCUCUCUAAGAACUUGGCCACCAAGGACGAUUUGAACAAAAAAAUUGCCACUGUGGAAAAAGGUGUUAGCGACAAAAAGGCUAAACACGCAGCUUUACUUGCGGAAGUGGGGGUUAUUGGUGCUGCUGUAGGUGCCUUAGCUACCAAGUUGACGUCUUUGAAAUCGGACAAGUCUCACCGUAUGAACCGGUUGUCCGAAGCUAAAGAGAAAUUCCAGUCUUGGGAGAAGGAGAAACAGGACAUUGCUGAGAAGGUGAGAAGAGAACAUGAACAGAAGAGGGUGGAAGCUAAGGAAAGUGCAGAAACUGAGCGUGUUCUUCAGGAAAUCGAGGAAGAGAAGCAGAGAUUGAUUGCCGAAAAGGAAAAAAUGGAGCAGGAGAGAGCACAGCUUGAAAGAGAGGCUGCAGAGAGAAAAGAGGCUGAUGAACAGAAAGAGGCUGAGAGAAAGGCUGAACAUGAAAAGGCCCUUGCUGCUCUCGAGGCGCUGCAGUUGGAGUAUGAGGAGCAAAAGAAAGCGAAAGAUAAGCUUAUCAAUGAAGAAGCCGCAAGAUUGAAGGAGGCAGAGGAAAAGUCAAAGGAACACAAAUCUAAAGGAGCUACUGGUGCUAUUUUGGGUGGAGCUGCUGUGGGCGGAGCUGCUAUAGGUAGUGCUGCUGGAGCUGUUGGUUCCGCUGGAGCAGGAGCCGUAAAUUCUGCUGGUUCUGCUUUAGGUGGAGCCAAGAAUGUUUCCUCCGGCAGCUCGGGUGAAAGGUCGAACAGUAUGAGCCGCAGAAAAAGUCUUAGACGCAAAUUGAAGAGCAUCAUUGGAGGAGACGAAGAUGUUGCUCCAGCAUCGGAAGGAGCUGGCACGGCUUCUAAAGCAAAGGAUGCAGGCUCUGUGCCACAAGCGAAAAGCGUCGUUCCUGAAGGAAAGAAAGAGACUGCGGCGCCUGAGGUGAAAAGUGACUCAGCUGAAAAGACUAAGGUAGGCCCGGUCGACACUUCUGCUCAACCAGCACCUGUCGAUACUUCCAAGGUACCAGAAGCCGAUGGGGACGACUCUUCUGCCGAGAUGAUUUCUUUGUACGAUGAAGUUUCCGAUGAAGAGUAUGAGCUCCACAAGGGAGAUCCAAAUUACAUGGAGGUUUCUGAGGACGAUGCUAGCAACUAUCUUUCCAAAAACAGAAAUCGUCUUGAAGCGGCUGAGUAG